AUGGCGGCGGUGCCCGAUUCCCCUUAUUCCUCCUCCGAGGAAGACUACAUGGACGCCCUGGACAAAAUUUCAUAUACAGGUGGGCCUGCAGCUAAAUCACCACCUGAAGACCUACAAGCUCCAGCCACGAAAGGCGACAUACAGGCCCUCAUGAAGAAUCUCUGGGCAUACUUCACCGCUGACCUCGACAUAAUUCGAGAAGAGGUCGCAGGGAUCUCGGCAUGAGCAAAGGCCACGGAGGACCACAUUGCAUCUGUGGCUCACCAACAAGCCAGCAACACAACAGAGAUACACCAACUGCAGGUGGCCCACAG